AUGGACCUCCAAAUACCUUUGGUUCAGCAAGCGGCUGUUAUCGAGGACCCAGGGCCGGGUGGAAGAAUACUUCUUCGUGGUGAUGUAUCAGUUGGUGAGCCUGGCGUACACGAAAUCCUAGUCAAGUUAGAAGUUUCCGGAGUCUGCGGAUCGGAAAUCCGAGCUCUACUAGGCUGGAGCUCGUACACACCAAUUGUCGGUCAUGAGGGUGUCGGUAUUGUCGUGAAGGCUGGCGCCGAUGCAGAUGACUCGCUCCUUGGCCAGCGUGUGGGAGUGAAGUGGCUCUAUAGUGCCUGCACCCAGUGUUCGGCCUGCAAUCGAGGUUUUCCAAACAACUGUGGCAGGCAAUUGAACACCGGCCGCAAUGUGCGCGGGACCUUGCAGCAAUAUGUCGUGGCGGAUUCGAGAUUUGUAACCAGAAUUCCAGACGGCUUGGCGAGCGAGGUUGCGGCACCACUACUGUGCGCGGGUUUAACCAUGAUGGGUGCUAUCUCAAAGCUUGACGGCCAGCUAGUCCCAGGUGAUUGGCUCGUGAUAUCAGGCUCAGGUGGCGGCCUUGGCCAUAUAGGUGUGCAGAUUGCAGCCAAAGUAAAGGGUUUCCGGGUCAUUGGGAUCGACUCUGGCGAGGAAAAGAGAAAGCUGAGUAUUGAGUCGGGUGCAUCUGAGUUUAUCGACUUCGCCGAGGGUAACGUGGAACACAGAGUGAAGGAAAUCACGGGUGAAGGUGCCCAUGCGAUUGUGGUGGUGUCGGGCUCGGAAGAUGCUUUCAGAGCUUCUCCUCUCUUGGUGCGGAACAUGGGCAUCAUAGUGUGCGUUGGGCUCCCGGCCAACGAUUUCAAUAUCCCCAUCCCUGCAUCCUUGUGUUCUGCCAGAGCUCUCUCUAUCACGGGAGUCGCGGUGGGAAGUGAGGGGCAAAUGGAAGAGAUACUAGAGCAUGCAUUGAGGGGAGACAUUCAACCGUCGAUUCAGGUCCUGGACUUCCAUGAUAUACCCCAAAUUCUGGAUCAACUGAAGCUUGGUGGUGUAACUGGACGUGUAGUGAACAUCUCCAAGAGCCUUCAUCAAAUGGUCAGAUGGAAGACCAACAUUGACACAGAAGGUAUCAUCUCUUCUCAACAGUCAGCUUCCGGAACUUUCACGCCUUACACUCAGACCACUGAAACAAUUACAAGUACCACUGAGGGCAGUAAGACAACUACACCUCUGCCCGAAUUCAGUAUACUAUCCGAUCCGCCCGAGCACCUUGAGGCUGUGUCACCCACAACCACUAUCUUGCCGGACCCCAGAGGCUCCUGGUAUGAGCUCAUUUUGGGCGUCGUAGACUGGAGAGACUUUGAUUAUGCCUUUCAAAGAUCUGCAGCGUUCCCUGGACCUCUUGAAGCAGCCCAAGAAACAUUCACUUCAGAGGCCAGAGGUGAAGGUGCUGGCUUGGGUGCUCGAUUCUCGGUCAUGUGGCAGACAAUGCCAGAAGCGCAAUUCACCGUCAAAUCGGGUCCCAGCCAAACAACACACGUGCCACCCGAAGGCACGGUGACGGAUGCACCUCGUACUAACAGCGGAUCCUAUGUCGGAGGUGUUUCUACAACAAGCUCUUUAAGUAUCAGUUCAGCUGAAGUGUCACCUUCUGGAACUGGGCGCACAUCUGGAACCGUACAAGCGCUUAGAGCCCAGGUUUUCUCAAAAUUCCACUGGAACGUUUUUGCGGGAUGUGGUUUGGGUUUCUAA